AUGUUCUUCGAUCUAAAUGUCCCUUACAGCCCCGAUGACCCGGAGGCGCCCCACACCUUGAAUUUCCUUGCCGAACUUGGUUACACCACCGUUGCGUUGUCUCAGACAAUCAAUGGCAAGCUUCCGCCAUCCAUCGCUCCACCUCCUCUUCCGUCAAAUGCGCCGAAAUCCCUUCAACUGCUGACCAGGUUAAACCUGACCUUGGCCGAUCCCGCGCAAAAUCAGCGCCUAGCUGCGCUGAGCCAAGCUUAUGAUAUUGUCGCCCUCCGUCCCACAAAUGAGAAGUUGCUUCUGAAUGCGUGCACCAAUCUGGAAUGCGACGUGAUUUCCCUCGAUCUUUCGGUGCGACUCCCAUACCACUUCAAAUUUAAAAUGCUGUCCGCUGCCAUUUCACGUGGAGUGCGAAUUGAGAUUUGCUAUGGAACUGGAGUCACCGGGAGUGGGCUUGACGCGCGGAGAAACCUCAUCGGGAAUGCGACUUCCCUGAUCCGCGCGACACGGGGCCGAGGUAUCAUCAUAUCGAGCGAAGCACGCCGGGCAUUAGGUUUACGGGCUCCGUGGGACGUGAUCAAUCUUGCCUGUGUCUGGGGUCUGCCACAAGAGCGGGGCAAGGAAGCAAUUUGCGAAGAGGCGAGAAAGGUGACCGCAUUAGCCAAAUUGAAGCGGACCAGCUGGCGAGGCAUCGUGGACGUCGUUCAUGGCGGCGAGAAGCCCAAGCCCGCAGAAACAGCUCAAAAGUCCAAAAACACACCUAAGGCCCCAGUGAAGAAACAAGAAGAGCUUGCGCAAUCCGAUACCGGGGCAGACAAUCUCAAGAGAAAAGCUUCUAUCAGUUCGGAGCCGGUCGCUGAGGACCCGAACAAACCUCUUUCGAAGAGAGAAAUCAAGAGAAGAGCUAAGAAGGCGAAGUUCGAUGCCAAGGGAGAAAUCUCUCCUUGA